GCCGUGUGCUACUGGUGUCUUUCUGCAGCGACGUGGUCUCCCAGGGAGCCCUGCCUGCUGCACACGGGGCGGCGGGCGCACAGCCCACCUCGGCGGCUGCCUGUCAGUGGAGACUCCUCUGCCUCCAGCACGCAUGCCCGUCUUCCCUGUCGUUUAGUGGUGUCAACUUAUUAAUUUCCAUCCUCGACUUCGGGCCUGUUAGUUUCCUGUCGGAAAGCAUUAUUACUUUUGUCCAUGUGGCAAAAUAAUUAGCAUACAGAUGAGAAGUGGCCCGGUGUCUGAGCGCCAGUAGAGAGAAGAUGUGCCCUGGGAAGUUGAUUGGAUGAAUGGAGAACAAAUGGUGGGCGUUGGAAAGCAUCAGAAGAGUUUUGUGGUCGUGGAGCAGGUUGGAGCAUUUCCUGGAGCAGCUCCCGCGGAGGCUGAGGCUGAGGUGCGCGUAGCAGGUGCCGGAACUGUGAUCCACGUUGACAUUUGAGGAGUCACAGAGUGUGAAAAUGAACCGGAAGGAGAACUGGUGACAGCAUGUUCGGUGGGCAUCUCGGAACUCUGACGGACUGAGGGAGGGAGCGACACGUGACGCAGACCGUGCCCUCCGGCCACUGAGUUCAGAGUGACCCACAUCUGGUGGGAGAGGAAAAAUGUAGUUAUCGAAUCCGGUCAAGUGUGUGUGUCUUUCAAGUUGCCAGCAGCACCCAUCAAGAGAGAUUCCGGUGGGUCUCCCAGACACAUGGCCGCCUGAGGAGACACGGAAAGAUGGAAAAAUCGAGGCACAGGGAAAUUAAGUGACUUCGCCACAGUCACAAGCUGGGGAGGACCAGGAUUAGAGCUUAGCGAGAACCCGUGACUCCGGGCCUGUGUCCUGCCCACAGAGCCACGCUGCCUCCUUUCCUGGGACAGAAGACUUCCAGCAAGAUGGAAGUGGACACUGAAGAGAAGCGCCAUCGCACCCGGUCCAAAGGGGUUCGAGUUCCUGUGGAGCCAGCCAUACAGGAGCUGUUCAGCUGCCCCACUCCUGGCUGUGACGGCAGUGGGCAUGUGAGCGGCAAAUACGCAAGACACAGAAGUGUGUACGGCUGUCCCCUGGCUAAGAAAAGGAAAACACAAGAUAAACAGCCCCAAGAACCUGCCCCCAAACGGAAGGCGUUUGCGGUGAAGGCAGAUAGCUCGUCCGUGGACGAGUGCUAUGAGAGCGACGGGACGGAGGACGUGGACGAGAAGGACGAGGACGAGGACUCCGACUCCGACGACGAGGAUGAGCAGAGGGACGGGGACGAGGACGAGGACGAGGAGGAGGCCGAGCGGGAGGAGGAGGACGACGAGGACGAGGACGGCGAGGACGUGGAGGACGAGGACGAGGACGAGGACGACGAUGAGGACGAGGACGAGGACGAGGAAAACGAAGACCAUCAAAUGAAUUGUCACAAUAGUCGAAUAAUGCAAGACACAGAAAAGGAUGAUAAUAAUAACGACGAGUAUGAUAAUUACGACGAGCUGGUCGCCAAGUCCUUGCUGAAUCUCGGCAAGAUCGCCGAGGAUGCGGCGUACCGGGCCCGGACUGAGUCGGAGAUGAACAGCAACACGUCCAACAGUCUGGAGGACGACAGUGACAAGAACGAGCACCUGGGUCGGAAAGGCGAGCUGAGUCUGGACUUAGACAGUGAUGUCGUUAGAGAGACGGUGGACUCCCUCAAAUUGUUAGCACAAGGACACGGUGUGGUGCUGGCAGAAAACAUGAAUGACAGGAGCUACGCCGACACCAUGUCACAGCAAGAUAACAGGAACAUGAAUUACGUCAUGCUGGGGAAGCCCGUGAACAACGGGCUCGUGGACAAGAUGGUGGAGGAGAGCGACGAGGAGGUGUGCCUGAGCAGCCUGGAGUGCCUGCGCAAUCAGUGCUUCGACCUGGCCCGGAAGCUGAGCGAGACCAACCCGCAGGACCGGGGCCAGCAGCCGAACGUGAGCCUCCGUCAGCAUGUCCGGCAAGAGGACGACUUCUCGGGAAGAACGCCGGACAGGAGCUACUCCGACAUGAUGAACCUGAUGAGGCUCGAGGAACAGCUGAGUCCCAGGUCGAGAACUUUCUCCAGCUGUGCAAAGGAGGACGGAUAUCAUGAACGAGAUGACGACACCACCUCUGUGAACUCGGACAGGUCUGAGGAAGUGUUUGACAUGACCAAGGGGAACUUGACCCUCCUGGAGAAGGCCAUUGCUUUGGAAACUGAAAGGGCAAAGGCCAUGAGGGACAAAAUGGCGAUGGAAGCUGGCCGGCGGGACAACAUGAGGUCAUAUGAGGAGCAGUCUCCACGACAGCUUCCCGGGGAGGACAGAAAGCCUAAAUCCAGUGACAGCCAUGUCAAAAAGCCAUACUAUGGUAAAGAUCCCUCGAGAGCAGAAAAGAAAGAGAGCAAGUGUCCGACCCCAGGGUGCGAUGGAACUGGCCACGUAACUGGGCUGUACCCGCAUCAUCGCAGCCUGUCUGGAUGCCCGCACAAAGAUAGGGUCCCUCCAGAAAUUCUUGCCAUGCAUGAAAAUGUUCUCAAGUGUCCUACUCCGGGCUGCACAGGGCGAGGGCAUGUGAACAGCAACCGGAACUCGCACAGAAGCCUGUCCGGAUGCCCUAUUGCCGCCGCGGAGAAGCUGGCGAAGGCCCAAGAAAAGCACCAGAGCUGUGACGCGUCCAAGUCGAGCCAGGCCUCCGACCGCGUGCUCAGGCCCAUGUGCUUUGUAAAGCAGCUUGAGAUCCCUCACUACGGCUACAGAAACAACGUCCCCACGACCACGCCGCGCUCCAACCUGGCCAAAGAGCUGGAGAAAUACUCCAAGACCUCGUUUGAAUACAACAGUUACGACAGCCACACUUACGGCAAGCGGGCCAUAGCUCCCAAGGUGCAAACCAGGGACAUAUCCCCCAAAGGAUAUGAUGCGAAGCGGUACUGCAAGAACGCCAGCCCCAGCAGCAGCACCACCAGCAGCUACGCGCCCAGCAGCGGCAGCAGCAGCCUGGGCUGCGGGGGCGGCAGCAGCGCCAGCAGCACGUGCAGCAAAAGCAGCUUCGACUACACUCACGACGUGGAGGCCGCGCACAUGGCGGCCACGGCCAUCCUCAACCUGUCCACGCGCUGCCGCGAGAUGCCACACAACCUGUCCACCAAGCCGCAGGACCUGUGCCCGGCGCGGAACCCCGACAUGGACGUGGACGAGAACGGGACUCUGGACCUGAGCAUGAACAAGCAGAGGCCACGGGAGGGCUGCUGCCCCAUCCUGACCCCCCUGGAGCCCAUGUCCCCACAGCAGCAGGCUGUAAUGAACAGCCGGUGUUUCCCGCUGAGCGAGAGCGAGUGCUGGGACCUGCCUGUGGACUACACCAAAAUGAAACCCCGCAGGGCGGAGGAGGACGAUUCCAAAGACAUCACCCCAGAAGACUUGGAUCCCUUCCAGGAAGCUCUGGAAGAAAGAAGGUACCCGGGGGAGGUGACCAUCCCCAGCCCCAAGCCCAAGUACCCCCAGUGCAAGGAGAACAAAAAGGACUUAAUAACAUGUCCAACACCAAGGUGUGAUGGGAGUGGUCAUGUGACUGGUAAUUACGCCUCACAUAGAAGUCUGUCGGGCUGCCCACUGGCUGACAAAAGCAUUCGAAGUAUGCUGGCCACCAGCUCCCAAGAACUCAAGUGUCCCACCCCUGGCUGUGAUGGCUCUGGGCACAUCACUGGCAACUACGCUUCCCAUCGAAGCCUUUCAGGUUGCCCAAGAGCAAAGAAAAGUGGCAUCAGGAUAGCACAGAGCAAGGAGGAUAAAGAAGACCAGGAGCCGAUCAGAUGCCCCGUUCCUGGGUGUGACGGCCAGGGCCACAUCACUGGGAAAUACGCGUCCCACCGCAGUGCGUCCGGGUGCCCCUUGGCAGCAAAGAGGCAGAAGGACGGGUACCUCAAUGGCUCCCAGUUCUCCUGGAAGUCGGUCAAGACGGAGGGCAUGUCGUGUCCCACCCCUGGAUGCGACGGCUCAGGACACGUCAGCGGCAGCUUCCUCACGCAUCGCAGCUUGUCGGGCUGCCCGCGCGCCACAUCAGCCAUGAAGAAGGCAAAGCUGUCCGGAGAGCAGAUGCUGACCAUCCGGCAGCGGGCCAGCAACGGCAUCGAGAACGAUGAAGAAAUCAAACAGCUGGACGAGGAGAUCAAGGAGCUCAAUGAGUCCAACUCGCAGAUGGAGGCCGACAUGAUCAAGCUCAGGACUCAGAUUACCACAAUGGAGACCAACCUGAAGACGAUAGAAGAGGAGAACAAAGUAAUUGAACAGCAAAAUGAGUCUCUUCUUCAUGAGCUGGCCAACUUAAGCCAGUCUUUAAUUCAUAGUCUAGCUAAUAUCCAGCUGCCACAUAUGGACCCAAUCAAUGAACAAAAUUUUGACGCAUACGUGACUACUUUGACGGACAUGUAUACAAAUCAAGAUCGUUAUCAGAGCCCAGAAAAUAAAGCCCUACUGGAAAAUAUAAAGCAGGCUGUGAGAGGAAUUCAGGUCUGAACAGCUGCUGUAGUGACUGUAGUGAUGGAGCCUUGCUUAAACAGGACGCCUCCUGUCUCUUGCUGCUGUAAUUUACCAGAAAGUGUUUCUAUUUAUUUCUGUUGGAAACAGUGUUAUGCUUACAAGACUUCAUAAUGAUUUUAUGUCUUGCUUUAAAGAUCGUCCCUGCAGAAUAGUUUCGGAACACAUUCACAUUUUGUACGUUUUCAUAUAAGCUGACAUAGUGUGAUAUGCCAUGUAAUGUUUAUAGCUGCUAAUGUGUGCACAUUGGGGUUGUAUAUAUUUCUGAAGAGGUAAGCUGAUCAAAAUACAUAGAGUGUAAAUCCUUUUUAAUGCUUUAGUGAUUAAAUGUUUUAGUAUUUUGAACUGCAAUGGACAAAAAGAAAAACAGCUUUGAAUGACCAUGUGGUGGCCCCACAGCCACUUUUUACACAUUAUCAUUUUGCCUCAUGUUGGAGGGCUUUAUGGAAUUUCAGAAAUACAUUUUGUUGCAUAUUGUUUCAUAGCAAGAAUUGGUUGCAAAAAAAUGCUUUAUUUUUGAACAAUGCUUAGAAAUAUUAUGUGAUUUUUUUGUUUGUUUGUUUUAGGAGGAUGGUGUAUGGUGGGGGCAAUAAAUGAGGUUUUUUGCAUUCCAAGGAAAUGGCAUAUGGAUUAACUGUAAGGAAUGAGAUAAGUAAUUUAUUGUAAGACAACAUCAAGCCAUGGAAACUUGGCAGAAGAGUCAAAGCAGCUUAAACAGCACUUUUAAAUUAACUCCUGAGCAUUACGUGGUGUGACUAUGGGACUUCAGUUAAGACAGGGCCUUGUGACAGGUGGACGAUGUGAAGAUUUCCUUUUCCAUUUUCAAUAAACUUUGGGACAACCUUCUCUUAUCUCCCAAGAGUUUCCCGGCCCUCUGAACUGUCUUUUAUUGCAAUGUGGUUUACCCACCAAAAUAUGUGUGUUUUAAUUUAAGGUCAAAGGUAAUUUAAGAGUAUUUAUUUCCCCUUUCCACUUUUAAGAACUAUUAUUGUUGUUGUUGUUGUUGUUGUUUUACAUUUGGGGGAUAAAGGGAAAUGAUUUGUGAGUCUUCGAGUGACGGGACUGAAUCCCCUCUGGAUUUGGGGGAAGCUGCUCAGUAAAAUCUCUCCGGCCCCCCGAGCUUGGGCUUCAAAUGCGCACUUGGUCCUGCUCAGAGGAGUCUCACGAGGACCUGUGUCUUGCCUCUCGUGGGAGACCGGCUGGCUGCAGAGCGUUUGCGUAGCCUUGUGUCUGAGUUGUCAUGACCUGUUCUAAGAAUGAAUGCAAUCAGAUUUUAGGAAUAAUUAAUGUACUUCAGCACUUUUCUUUACACGAAAUCAUCUUAGCCUCAUGUGUUCCUCGGACACGGGUCGUUUGCCGCCAUGACUGCACUCUGUGUAUGCAAAGACCGCUUUUGACGGCUGCGUCCACCCUCCGAGAAGUCCCCGGGACGUGUCGUGUCUUCUCAUGUGGACUUGAUUUACAUGUCAUAGCAUCUCUUCCUCCCAUGUCUUGAUGUUAUGCAGGAAGUACAAAAGUACUUUAAAAUUUUGUUAUGAAAAAAAAAGAUGGGUUUUGUAAAAAUAAAAAAAUAAUAAUAUUUUUAGCAGAACAGGACUUACAGGGUCAUUGUCCCCACAACGUGCCAGUCGACUAUUUGCACUCCCCUUGUCCUCUAUAUCCGUACGGAGGUGUGCAAUUCCUGUGUCAGCGGCCUUGCCACGCUGACCCUGCAGGGGGCCCGCCGGCCGACCGGCAACGUUGGUGCGGAGGUCGCAGGGGCCUCAGGCAAACACUCUGCUACGAUACUCAGCCUCGGUGUACAUACGUGUAUAAAUACAUGUACAUCUCAGCGGCACUUUAUACUGCUCACUGUACAAAUGCUUCCGGUUUUCCACGCGGACUUUCGUAAGGAGCUGGGAAAAGAUGAUGUCAUUCCCUCGGGGUCUGGAGAGCGCCGUCUUUCUGUUGUGAGAUUAGUCGUAGCCGUGCUCAGAAUUGCCUUGGAGAGCUGACGCCGCUGCGGGCGCCGCUGCCACACCACGGGCCAGGCCCGGCUCCCGCUCCCGCUCAGGCCGCUGUUCAUAUGGGCUUCGCAUUUCCCGCCCCGUCGUGUCUGCAGCCUCGCCAACAGAGCAAUGCUUCGCGUAGAGUGAUAGGUAGUCUCAGUUUUGGGUCUUGUUCUCACCUAUGUACAAUGGAGAGGGUUUUAAGCACAAAUCUGCUGCUCAUCUAAUGUUGGUAAAAUAUCAAAUCAAAAGUUAUCUGUGACUAUUAUAUAGGGAUCACAAAAGUGUCACAUAUUAGAAUGCUGACCUUUCAUAUGGAAUUAUUGUGAGUCAUCAGAGUUUAUUUAUUAUAACUUAUUGUUCAUAUUCAUUUCUAAGUUGAUUUAAGUAACCAUUUAUGAAGACAGAAUUUUGUACAAAUAUUUACUGUGCUCUCUGUGGAACUGAAGUCUCAUUUAUUUUUGUACACACAGCAUGGGUUUGUUGACACUUUGAUUUUGCUACAAUGUGUGGAGUCACGAGUUGCAGUGAUUACUUCAUUUUUAAAUUGUGAACUUUGUACAAACUUUGUCAUGCUGGAUGUUAACAUCUUACUCUAAAUAAAAAGGUGUUGCCGCGUUUGUAGCACGA